UACAAUAGAUGGCGAUCUCUGUGAAAACAGGAAACAAAACGCGGACGAAGAAGAAAAUUGUGCGUGCAAGGCAGCAUGGCGGCUGAUAUGAGAUUACCAAACAUUAGAAAACUAGUAUCUCUUUCUCUUUCCGCUGGAGAUAGGAGAGACUUGGUCGUACCCGGCGAUGUCAUCACGUCAGACUCUGGUUUCAUGAGGGGUCAUGGUACUUAUGUGGAUGAGGAGAAACUGACGGCUUCUGUGGCUGGAGAGGUGCAGCGAGUGGACAAAUUAAUCUGUGUGAGACCACUCAAGACCAGGUUCAAUGGUGAGGUUGGUGAUGUGGUAGUUGGCAGAAUCACUGAGGUACAACAGAAACGGUGGAAGGUGGAGACAAACUCCCGACUAGACUCCAUCCUUUUGUUGUCUUCCGUCAACCUGCCUGGAGGGGAACUGAGGAGAAGAUCAGCAGAAGACGAGCUCACGAUGAGAGAAUAUCUCCUUGAGGGCGACCUCAUCAGUGCAGAGGUGCAAUCGGUCUUCUCAGAUGGCGCCUUGUCACUUCACACUCGUAGCUUGAAGUACGGGAAACUUGGCCAAGGAGUGCUCGUCCAGAUUUCUCCAUCUCUCAUCAAAAGACAAAAAACACAUUUCCAUAACCUCCCGUGCGGCGCCUCCAUCAUCCUGGGUAAUAACGGCUUUGUGUGGCUGUAUCCCACUCCGGGACAGCAGGAUGAGGAGGCUGGUGGUUUCUACACCAGCCUUGAGCCCAUCAGCCUCUCUGACCGCGAAGUGAUUUCCCGGCUAAGGAACUGCCUACUGGCUUUGUCGGCGCACAAGGUCCUCGUGUUCGACACCAGCGUUCUCUACUGCUACGAAUCUUCACUGCAACACCAGGUUAAAGACAUUCUGAAACCAGAAGUGAUGGAGGAGAUUGUAAUGCUGACACAGCAGAAGCUUAUUGAACAGGAAGGUUAAAUCGAGAGUCAUUUACAGCUGCCGCUGAGUCACGCGCUGACAGAAUCAACUUUACAUACCUUUGCCGUUUUUGUAUGCCUGCUGCUGUUGGGAUAUCAACAAGUAAAAAAACAAAACUAACCAAACAAACAAAAACCUGUAUGCAAUAAAAUAUCACGCUUUUCAGUGUGGUAUGACUCACUGGUGGUGACGGCUCUGGUUACAUUUGUGUAGAUGAAACUACAUAAACCUGCAGGAAUGUGA